AUGCCCCAAGCCCCCCCAUACCCCGACACAUACAAAGAAGUGGCAGCGUCAUACCCACCUCGACAAACCAUCGAACACAGCAUGAGCGGAGACAGCACCCUGCAGGUCAGUGACCGGGACUGCACACUCGAGUUUAGCGACCGGGACUGCAACCUGGAGGUCAAUCAAUAUCCCGACGACAAACACACAGAUAAGCAGGCUGAGGCUGGAGCUGGCGUCGGAGCCGGAGCUGCAGACAGAAACCAGGCAGAUUCAAGUGGUCGGCAGUCUGCAGCAGCUACGGAAGGGAAGCAAGAUUUGGAGUCACAUUCUGUGACGGGGACGGUCAUGCGCCAUAAGUCUCGUCGGCGGGAGUGGAUCAUCUUUGGUUCGGCUAUGGUGGCUGUUGUUCUUCUGGUUGUUAUUAUUGUUCCUUCCGUAAUCUUUGGGAUUCGUCAGUCUAGGCCACAGUAUAAUCCGCCCAAGAAUCCGUAUAUUUCAUGA